GUUCUGCCCCGUAGAUUCCGGUUCUCGGGCCGUGGGAGCUCGCGUUCAUAGAGAUUAUCUGUCGUUCGGUCCUGCCUUUUAAUGGUGACAGCUCACGGACUCUUGUUUCGUGGGCGCAUCCCAUUGGAACUGAGCUGCAGGAACCGGUUGAACAGGUCCGCUGUCCGACGCCGGAGUCGCGCGACGCGGAGCCGGAGCCGCGCGAGGAGCGUUUCAACGACGUCUCACCUGAACGUGUUGAAGUUGAAGCGCGGUAUAAAUGACUCGGUGGCGAUAGUUUCGCAGGUUAUUGUUAAUCACAGCGUUUUCAGCUUGACGAAGCGGAAGCGAGCUCUUCGCUGCACGCGAAGAGCCGAAGCUGCGACGGACGAAGAGCAGCGAAGAGCCCGAAGCUGCGACGGGCUCAAACCUCCGCUCAUCAGUAGCGCUGUGGAGCCGCAGAGUGGACUCCCCUCACCCAGUCCACGGGACCCCCAGCUCAGGCCGGUCUCACACAUGGAUGCCCAGGGGUACAAGUGGGUCCGCUGGCGGGUCUGGCUGUGGCGUCUGGCAGCCGUGUUGACCUUGGGUCUUCCCCUGAUUGUCUUUCACUGGCGUCCUCGGCUUGGUGUCCUCGCACGCUGCCGCUCCUGUCCUCUGCCACUGGCAGAUAUUGUUCUAAUAAGAAACUGUGUGGGGCAGCAUCAAGUGGUGGCGGUCCUCACUGAGGAGAUGGAGGAGGGCAGUUUGGACUUUGUCGGUGACCUGGAGGAAACUGAGUGGAGAUGGAGGGAUACUAGUAAAGUAGAGCUGUACAAGGAGAAGAAAACACUGCUGCGCUACUAUGUGUUUGAAGGCCUUCGAUACGUCUGGAUGGACAGGAAAGGAGCUUUCUGUCACGUUAGUGUCCUCAAUGAGGACUGGACUUGCAAGGACCUGUACGGCUUCCAAAAUGGUUUAAGUCACUUGGAGCAGGACGUGAGGAAACGCAUUUAUGGGCCCAACCUGAUUGAUGUACCUGUGAAGCCGUACAUAACUCUUUUGUUUGAGGAGGUUCUCAACCCCUUUUAUGUGUUCCAAAUCUUCAGCAUCACCCUGUGGAUAAUAGAUCACUAUUAUUAUUACGCCAUAUGUAUAUUUAUUAUAUCCAUCAUCUCCAUCAGUGUCUCACUUUAUGAGACACGCAAGCAAAGCGUCACGCUCCACAACAUGGCCCGUUUGGUCACAGACGUGAGAGUGCGCAGAAACUCAGGAGAGGAGGAGUGUGUGACCUCCCUGGAUCUGGUUCCAGGCGACUGUCUGAUCAUACCUCAGGAAGGCUUGCUGCUUCCAUGUGACGCUGCCCUGCUGGCUGGAGAGUGUCUGGUCAAUGAGAGCAUGCUUACAGGUGAGAGUGUUCCGGUGCUAAAAACCCCGCUGCCAGCUGGCGAAGGGAAGUUCAGCGCAGAAGCGGAGCGCAGACACACCCUCUUCUGCGGGACCCAGCUCAUUCAGGCUAAGGGCGGAGGGCCAACAGGCAGCGGAGCUGUAGCUGUGGUCACAAGCACUGGGUUUUUUACAGCCAAAGGCAGCCUGGUCAGCUCCAUUUUGUAUCCUCAGCCAAUCAACUUCCGCUUCUACCAGGACGCCGUCAAGUUCCUGCUCAUUCUGGGUUGUGUCGCCCUUAUUGGCACCAUUUACAGCUUCGUGGUCCUCUACAGAUCCAGUUUGUCUUGGUGGGAGUUGGUGAUCAGGACUCUGGAUAUUGUGACCAUCGCUGUGCCUCCCGCGCUGCCAGCCGCCAUCACGACCGGCACCAUCUACGCCCAGCACCGGCUGAAGAAGAAGGGGGUCUUCUGCAUCAGUCCACCGCGCAUCAACGUCUGCAGCAAAGUCUCAGUCUUCUGUUUUGACAAGACAGGAACUCUAACUGAGGAUGGGCUGGACGUGUGGGGGGUGAUUGAGGGUGGACCUGCUGGCUUCUCAGAGCUGGUCCCAGAGCCGAGCCAGCUGCCAUCAGGCCCCAUGCUCUCAGGCCUCGCCUGCUGUCACACCGUGACACUGCUGCACGGUCAGCCCCUAGGAGACCCUCUGGAGCUCAAGAUGGUGGAGUCCACUGGAUGGACUCUUCAGGAACCGGAAGGAGAUGGAAGUGCACUGGAUGCAGAGUUUGGAGACAAUAAGGUUUUGGCUGUAAUGAGACCUCCUGCACACCAGCUCCAAGGGAAUUCGACCAGCGAGGCGGUGGCCAUUGUUCAGAGGUUCCCCUUCUCCUCGGCCCUGCAGAGGAUGAGUGUGGUGGCAGUGGCCAGUGGAGGACGCUCGGCGUUCGCUUUCAUCAAGGGGUCCCCAGAGAUGGUGGCCAGCCUUUGCCAAGCAGAUACAGUGCCGUCAAAGUUCCCCAGCAAACUGCGCACCUUCUCCAGCGAGGGCCUCAGGGUUCUUGCACUUGGUUAUAAACCUCUGGAUAAAAACACAGACUUUAGGACCAUUGAAAGAGGGGAGGUGGAGAAGGACAUGCAGUUUCUAGGCCUGCUGAUGAUGAAGAACCUGGUGAAGCCGGAGAGUCCCGUGGUUAUCAAUAUCCUGAGGAAAGCAUGCAUUCGCAGCAUCAUGGUCACUGGGGACAACAUUCUAACAGCAGUUAAUGUAGCAAAGAGCUGCGGGAUGGUGGGGUCUGAUGAGAAAGUCAUAUUUGUUAAUGCCACUCCCCACACCACACGGGCCAUGCCCACCCUGAAGUUCAGCUUGGAAGACACUCAGAGCUCUGUGGAAGUCAUCACUCAGGGCCUGUAUCAGGGUAGUUUUGUCUACCGGCUGGCUAUUAAUGGCAAGUCCUUUGCUGCCCUGUGUGACCACUUCCCUGAACAUCUGCCAAAGGUCUUGAUGCGAGCCACAAUAUUUGCACGCAUGGCCCCCGACCAGAAAACCCAGCUGGUGAAGGAGCUGCAAAAGCUGAACUACCGCGUGGGCAUGUGUGGGGACGGGGCCAACGACUGCGGGGCCCUCAGAGCCGCUGAUGUUGGGGUGUCGCUGUCUGAGGCCGAGGCGUCGGUGGCUUCUCCUUUCACCUCCAACACCCAAAACAUCAGCUGCGUGCCGCUGCUCAUCAGGGAGGGCCGGUGUUCUCUAGUUACCUCCUUCAGUCUCUUCAGGUACAUGGCCAUGUACAGCUUCAUCCAGUUCUGCUCUGUCCUCAUCCUCUACUCUGUGAAUACGGCUGUCGCUGACCUACAGUUCCUGUUCUGUGACAUUGCUCUGGUGACUGUGCUGGCCAUCGUGAUGGGAAGAGGAGGCCCCAGUGAUGAGCUGUAUCCGUGCAGACCCCCAGCCAGCCUACUGGCCCUGCCCGUCCUGGGUAGCCUGUUUCUUCACACCUGUGUGGUGAUCCUGGGUCAGCUCUCUGCGCUCUUCAUCACCAUGUCACAGGACUGGUAUAUUCCAGUCAAUUCGACUGUGUUCGGAGCUGCCAAUCUGCCCAAUAUGGGGAACACUGCUGUGUUUGACUUGUCAGGUUUCCAGUAUAUCAUCAUGGCUGUGGUGGUCACCAAGGGCUACCCUCACAAGAAACCCCUGUACUACAAUGUGAUUUUCCUCAGUCUGCUGCUCGCCCUCUUUGGCAUCAUGAUUUGGCUGGUUGUGUACCCUGGCUCGGCGGUUUGCAGAGUAUUUCAAUUGUACAAUUACACCGACAUGAAUUUUAAAUUGCUGCUCAUCGCCCUGGCUGGUCUCAACUUCAUAAUUAGCUUUUUUGUCGAGGUGCUGAUAGACCUGGGUAUCUUAAACUGUCUUCGGCUGCUGCGUGGGAGGCGCCCGUCGAAGAAACUAUACAAACGCCUGCACACCUCUCUGUGUGACUCGCCCUCAUGGCCGCCUCUCAAUCAAACCCUGUCCCCCACAGAAAAUACAGUCCUGUCCAUGAGGUAGCGUCUGCCCCUCCUGUGUUGGACACAGUGGAUGUCUGAGCCACAUGCAACACGAAUCAUGUUUACCUCUAAAUUAAAACUAUUUUUAUGUAAUUAUAGUGUUUUUAAAAAUGUUGCCAUGUUAGUGUGAACAUUGUCACACUGCUCUGGUGGGUUUGUACGCUUUAACUACACAAAGGCUCAGUUCAACCAAAUCAUCAUUCCAGUUUCUCUUGGUUCUGGUUUUGUUUUUAGUUAGAAAAAAAACAGAAGAUUUUUUUGGUGCAAUAUAACAUGUAUUUAUGCCACUUAUUGGCUUUUUUGGAAGCAGCUCAUUCCAGAAGCGGUUGCCUCCUUCACGCUGUACAUUACCUCUACUGUUUUAUUAUUUAUUUAGCAACCUGUUAAACAGAGCUCUCAUCACUUUCAUGGGUUACAUUGUACACUGCUUUGCACUUUCAGUGUUACAGUAUUUACAGUCUGCCCAACAUCGCAGAGUUUUGCACAUGCCUUAAACGCUUCAUUGUAUAUGUCAUCUUAAUCUUGUGUAGCAUUUGUGGAUCAGUCAGUGUUUCAACCAAACCUCAUUCUGAUGAAUGUAAGUGUAAAAUGAUGACCACAUAUCACCUUUGCAAACUGUUUUAUUAAAUCAGUAUUUACAGGCA